AUGGAUUCAAUAGUACAAAAGGUGAGGCGGCGACUAAGGAGGACCGACUCACAACACGGCGCUGCCGUCUCCUAUGACGCCCAUGGCCAGAGCGGCUCGACCGCAACGUCGGGCAACGAGGCUCCCAAGCAAGAUGGAAAGCCUGCAGGCCAAGUUUCUGAGCCGGUCCCCGAGACGCCAUUGAUUAUGCGCGCGGAAGAGAAUGCCCCAGUUCAAGCCAUGGUUGAGAAUUUGUCACUAGCAGGGGAGGAGGAAAGCGGGCGUAGGGUUGAGGUCGAGGUAGAGGUCGAGAAACAGGAAGCCUCAUCCGUAGCUUCACCCAAUGUUGUCGAGGAAGCGCCAACCGAAACUCCCUCGAAUGCUGACCCAGAUGUAACAGCGACUCGGUCCUCAAGAAACGACGAGCUGGAGGCACUCUGGGACGACGCCUAUAAUCAGCUCAGAGCUAGCAACCCUAGUCUAGUCGCAUGUCAUCGAAAGUUCCAUCUUCUCAAUAAUUCCAUCGGCAAGACACUCACAGAUGAGCUUGGUCUUGAAAACGUGACACAGUUGAAUCAAUCGUCCGACGACGACCGCUCUAGCACCAUCGACCUUGUCACAAAGAUGGAGUGGUACAUGCAGCUAAGCCGGCUGGUCACAGCCAACGAUCAAAACGAUCACGCCUACCUUGACCAAGAGCAGUUGACGCUCCUUCGAGUCCAUCUUGUUGGCCUCUACGAAAGUGUUUUGACUUUCUUUGUCACCGUCGUAUGCCGCAAGCACGGGACCCAGCUGAUACAUCUCGUUCGAGACCUACCCGACUUGCCAGCAUCCGAUCCGUCGACCAUAUAUGAUGCCGAGCAGUCUUUGGCUGCUUCCCUCGGCCAAGACUUCAAGCACCGGCUCAACCAACUUUUAGACUCACCAAAGGACCGGCAGCCUUCUGUCUACUCUGCCAACAAGUCGAGUCACAGCCACCAAGAAAGUCAGGUCUUUGCCGACUUGGAUGCCAUCGAUCCCAGGCCGGACUUCGUCAACAGAUCGACCGAAGUAAAUCAAGAAGCAUACCAAUGGCUUGCUUCAACGGUCCAAUACCAGGAGUUCCUUGACUGGAACAACAAGGAAGCCACAACGUUCUGGAUUACCGGCCCCCCGGGCAGUGGCAAGUCGACGCUGUUGACAACUGUUGUGCAGAACCUUUUGGCGCAAGCGCAAGACACCCCGGACUUGCCACGUCUGUUAUACUGCUUUAUCAGCGCCAGCGGGCCUGUCUUACGCUCAGCUGCUUCUGUGGUUAAGAGCCUCAUCUGUUUGAUACUGCUUGAGCAGCCCACAUUAGACGUUCACUUGGCGAACCUCCGCCUUUCAACGGGACGAAAGCACUUCAAUCACCCCAGUGACUUUGUACCUCUAUCGGGUCUUUUCUACGACAUCUUACAAGACAGCAACCUCCCGCAGACUUACGUGGUGGUUGAUGCAGUCGACGAGUGUGUGGGGUCAAGUGAUCUCAUGCAGCUCAUAGAGACAUCGGGCCAGGUGACGCCACGAAUCAAAUGGCUGGCCUCCACUCGUGCAAAUAAUGUCACACCCCAGGGAAGUUUUCACUUGAACUUGGGUACGCAGGCCAAGUUCAUGUAUUGCGCUGUGGAGAAGUACGUCGCCCACCGUGUCUUCUCCCUUUCCCGACAAAGGUUUUACGAUACUGCUCUGAGAGACCAAGUCCAGCAGCUGAUUGUGGAUCGUUCUGGGGGGAACUAUCCAUGGAUUCACGCGAUAUGCCAAAUGCUACGCCAGCUCUUGAGCGUCUACGCACUCGGCACUCCUCGGUCGGUCUCAACUGCGGAUGCUUUCCUGUUUUGCCCAGAGAGUACUGGAGCCAAGCAAAACUCCCUGGCAAAACACUUUCCCUGGGUUACUGUAAGACCUAUGAUACCAGAACAUUACACUUUCUUGGAGUUGCAGGGCCACUCCGAUGUCAUAAGAGACAUCGAGUUUUCGUCUGAUGGAAAAUUGCUGGUCUCAGCAAGCGACGACAGGACUGUGCGUAUAUGGGAUGUUGAGACCGGGACAACUCAACGGGUGAUUCAAGACCACGAUGACUGGGUCACUCGCGUCAGCAUCUCCCAAGACUUUGUGGCCUCCGGUUCGGACGAUCGCGUGCUUCAUAUCUGGAGCCUCCCUUUGGGACAACCGAUUCUGGACUUUCAGCACACUAGAAAGAUCGUAGCUGUCAAAUUCUCGUUGGAUGGCAAGAGGUUAUUUGUCGCAGAUUCAUCUAAUCGUCCGUUGUCAACCUGGGACAUGACGACAUAUGUUCGCCAAGAACGCAUCUUUUAUACUACGAAGCGCGUAAGGGGUGCAGAGUACUCACAUGGCGGUGCACUAGUCGCCUGCAUGUACGAAGACGAGGUAGAAGUACUAGAUACCGACAGCUAUCAAAUCCGCCACUCUCUAACCUUCCCAUCGAGCAAAUGCCUAGCCUUUUCCAAGGACGCGAGACGACUCGCCUUGGCCAAAGGUUCAAUCGAAAUUUGGGAUAUUCAUGAGUUGGGCAAGCAGCAUCCCGUUGUUAAACUUGAUCCUCUUUCUCCUACACACGUCACGUCCCUUGCAUUCUCAUCCGAUGGCGCCACUAUCGCCUCGACCGAUGCAACCGGCGUAAUCAAGCUAUGGGAUAUCAAGAGCAGCCAAACCAAAGCCGUGUUUCAAGACGAAGGAGCCCCGCUGCGCGUUGCUUUCUCGCCUGCAGGACACUACCUUGCCACAUCAUCAAAAACGGCUACUAUCAGUUUCUGGCACAAUGAGGAAAGAGCCAUAACACCCCCCUCUGCUGUUGUUCCCACGGAUGACCCUAUCUAUGCCCUCGCGAUCUCUUCUGAUGAGAGUUGCAUUGCGGUAGCUCAGCGUGCGCGAAUUCGAUUCUGGAAUGCAAAGACCGGACAACUUAUGGAGGGGAAAAAGGAGAUGCCACACGACCAAUCCGUUCUUCAUCUCAUAUUCUCGCCGAAAAGCAGCUUACUAGCAUCGUCUUCGAUUGACAAAAGUGUCAAAAUAUGGAGAGUCGACGAUGGAGAAAAUAUUCACACGCUAAAUUGGCAUACAGACUGGGUUAGGCAAGCCGCCUUUUCACCCUGCGAGCGCUUCGUGGCAUCGGCGUCUGAUGAUAAUAUGGUUCGAGUCUGGGACUUGGAAAACACAUCCAUAAGCAAGGAGUUGAGUGGCCAUGCAGGAUACGUCACAUGUGUCUGCUUUUCUCCCGAUGGACAGACUCUAGUGUCUGGAGGAGAUGACUGUACUGUCAGGGUUUGGGACCUGAAAAGUCAUUCCCCUCGGUUCCCUGCUCUAGAGGGCCAUAGAGGUCAAGUCGUGGAUCUCACUUUCAUUUCCGGGUCGAAGUUUGUUCUGUCUUCAUCCGAUGAUAACAGCAUCAUGAUUUGGGACAUAACGAAAGGGAAGAGAGUGAGCGGUCCAAUCGAAACAAAGCACAUCUAUCGAGGACUAUACUACGAUCCAAAAUCCAGUGGCCACAUUAUGACACACUGGGGCGCAAGGGCAAUUCCGAUUAUUGACGGCGUGACUGCGUCAAACCGGGACCAACGGUCCUCUUGGGCCCCUUACGGCGUCCUGCUUGAGGGUGAGAAAGAUGACAAGGAUAUUUGGAUCACUUGGAACGACCGCAAG